AGGGCUUGAACAUGCAGCUUGGACCAGUGUUAUAGAUUCAUCUCAGUCACAUGCAAAAGAGUAGAUUGUAAUUCAUACAGUGUUUUACCCCAUGCAGUCUUCGUCGUUUUGGACAAGACUGGAUCGUUCUGUUAUGUUUGGUGUGUUUUAUGGUACAAAUGAAGUCCCAAAAAUGUCUAUUGUCAUACUAGGUAUCAAAAGUCAGGAUGUUUCUUUUUAAAAUCAGUCUUCUCUGAGUUUACGGAAGUGCAAAACUAAGUUUAUGGAGUAGCGCUUUUAUUUGGUGAAUGGUACAGUGUAAGCUAAAUACAUACUCAAAACACAAUACAAAUGUUAAACCAAUUGGUCUAAUUAAAUAACAUUUUUUUUCUUUAAGUCAUGACAGUUUUAAGUCUUUUCUCUCUUUGAUCCAAAUAAAAGAUAAACAGUAGUUUUGUAGUACAUGUUGUACUACAAAACAAAGGACACUGACCUAAAAGUACUGAUUUAUUAGUAAUGAUUUCAAAUUAAUUAAUUUAAUUGUAAGUUUAAAGCUAGGGUAGGUAAUGUAUUUCAGAAGCAUUUUUGUUAUGUUUGUUGAAAUUCUCCUUCCAUCCCGACAGCAAUCAAUAAAUCAAAUGCUCUUGGGGAAAAAAUGAAAAAAAUCUGGUAUGUGUGGCUGUUGCAGGCCUGCAAUAAGCCCAUACAAUCAUUUCAUUUGGGCCUGGCCUACCUGCCUGCCUUUGCGCACAUGUUUUUGGGAAGUGGCUUUAGAGGGAGGCCUUAAGGGAUCUAGGAAUCUAGCUGUCUCUUGCAAUUUUCUCCAUCGUUACCUACCCUACCCUACAUUUAAGGUCAUUUUUAUUUUCAAAUAAUUUUACUGACAAUUAAUUAGCCACGUAAUGAUUUACUAUUUUUUGAGGGUAAAGGUUUAUAUACUGAAUACCCCUACCACCUUUACCUGUGCCUUUACCCCAUCUGGCAGCCAAAAACAUCAUCUAUCUUUACCAAAAUGUAACGCAGCAGUGCAGAAAACUCAUUCUGUCUGUUCAAAUAUCACGCAGUGGACACAGUUUCUUUCACAGUAAUUGGGAUAUUUAAAUAUUUUUUCUCCAGACCUCUGGUACUUUCUCCCUGUUGGGGACUUGCAUUUAUGAUGGUGCAAACUGGUUAAAGUGCUUAAAUAUUAAACUACAAAGAACACAGACCUGAAGUGACCCAAGAGAAAUUUUCUAGUGUUUGUUCGGCCAUCACCAUUUGCCCUGACCUUUGGGCUGUGUGUAUUCUUGAUUUACUGUCACAGAAGCCAUUAUCUUUAUUACAUCACCCAUAGAGCCAAAAGCAGCAGAGUGGGUAACCUAUCACUGUAGUGGCAACAAAUGGACACAGAUUGUUUUUAAAUCAUGGGGAUAUUAGAUCUUUUUCUCCAGUCCUCCAGUUCUGUCUCCUUGUUGGGGGCUCUGGUGGUCCUGCUUCUCGUCUACCUCGUCUCCUCCUUCAGCUUCAGCUCCCAGGAGUACGGGAAAGAACCUCCAGGACCCAGACCGCUUCCCGUGCUCGGAAACCUGCUGCAGCUGGACCUCAAGAGACCCUACAACACAUUGCUGGAGCUUUCCAAGAAAUAUGGAUCAGUGUUCACUGUCUAUUUUGGGCCCAAGAAAGUGGUGGUCCUGGCUGGAUACAAGACAGUGAAGGAGGCGCUUGUCAACUAUGCUGAUGAGUUUGGAGACAGAGAUCCAAUGCAAAUUGUGCAUGAAUUUACUCAAGGAAAUGGGGUUGUAUGGUCCAAUGGUGAUUCGUGGAAAGAGAUGAGGCGCUUUGCCUUGACGAACCUGAAAGACUUUGGGAUGGGCAAGAAGGCUUGUGAGGACAAAAUCAUUGAGGAAUGUGACUAUCUCAUUGAAGUGUUUAAGAAAUUUAAAGGAGAAGCUUUUGAUACGACUCAACCAAUACACUAUGCUGUCUCUAAUAUUAUCUGCUCCAUGGUUUAUGGCAGCAGAUUUGAAUAUGAUGAUCCAGUAUUUACAUCUCUUGUAGAUCGAACAAACAGAAACAAUCAACUAUUGGGGACCCCUUCAGUACAGAUGUACAACAUGUUCCCAUGGGUUGGCAAAUGGUUUGCUGGCAAAAAAGAAGUCCAGAAAUUGUUUGCUGCCAAUAGGAAACAGAACUUACAGCUGUUCAGUCGUUUGAAGGAGACCCUCAAUCCACAGAUGAGCAGAGGCUUUGUGGAUGCCUUUCUGGUCCGAAAGCAAAAUCUGGAGGAAUCUGGGAUCACCAACAGUCACUUCCACAAUGAAAACCUUUUGAUGACAGUUAUUAAUUUGUUUGCUGCCGGGACCGAAACAACAGCAACUACACUCAGAUGGGGACUUCUGCUGAUGGCCAAGUAUCCAAAAAUACAAGAUCAGGUCCAGGAGGAGCUGAGCAGGGUGAUAGGAAGUCGUCAGGUGCAGGUCGAGGACAGGAAGAACCUGCCCUUCACAGACGUGGUCAUCCAUGAGACUCAGAGACUGGCCAACAUCGCCCCCAUGGCACUUCCUCACAAAACGAGCCAAGACAUCGUCUUCCAGGGACACUUCAUUAAGAAGGUCACAGGAUUUGUCCUGGAGAAAGUCUGGCCAGGAUGGAGCUCUUCAUCUUCUUCACCACCCUCCUGCAGCGCUUUCGUUUCACUCCUGCACCUGGAGUUUCAGAGGAUGAACUGGAUCUGACUCCACGCGUGGGCUUGUCCCUCAACCCUUCACCUCAUAAACUGUGUGCUGUCUCCUGUAUGUGAGGAGGAGGAGAGAUGGUGUCAUGCAGCAAGCUUAAUUUAGGCAUAUACACCUGUUGCUAGGUACACAUCCUGCGUCUCUGACACACUAAAAACUCAAAGGACAGUAAACUCACUAUCGACCAGGGUCAGGUACUGUGAGAAUCAAAAACUUAAACGAAGAUUGAUUGCCUAUUAUAUUAAUACCAUGUUGAAACUUUUGUACACACAUGCACACGAAGGGUGGAAUCGUGUGCCAAGAGGCUGGACCAGCCUGUGCACCAACGAAGGGAGAGCUAAGUCUAAACCACAGCCCCCCCCUCUGUAGAAACCUAUCAGAUAGUUGCACAUUCUCAUUUUAAACUCUGUGUAAUGUUAAGAAGAGCACUCUUUCCUAGGAUGUUGACUACAGAUUAACAGCUUGCUAACUAUGGUUUUCUGAAUAGAAAAGAUCCUUGUAGAGGAUAUGUUUUGAUCCUUCAAUGUUUUAAUAAAUGCCAAAUUAAGGAA